AGCGGGGGCCUGCUUGCGGUCAGAGUCCGUGGUCCUCCCAGGUCGUGUCGCGCGCGCCAGCCAUCAAAUGAUCCAGAUGUGGGCGGCCAGGAUCCCUCGGCUUCCCGGUGGGCCCUGUCCAAGCGGGAUGGCUGAGCAAGCGGCGCUAGGACCCCAGGGCAGAGCCUCGGGAAGGGCAGUCGGGGGGAUGGGAGGGUUACCUUACUUGGUGCCCCGCGGUCACCCUCUGAGCACGCCUCCCAAAAUAGCCCCCGGCGCCCGCUGGCCUGUCUCGUGGCCGGGAGAUGGCUGCUGUCUCCGACCCCGUGGCCUGGAGGUCCGCGCGUCCCGAGUCCCGUCCCACCCGCUUCCACCAGGUGCACGGUGCCAACAUCCGCGUGGACCUCUCCGGGACGCGGGCCACACGCGUGGAGAGUUUCGCUCACGGCGUAUGCUUCAGUCGCGAGCCGCUGGCCCCGGGCCAGGUAUUCCUGGUCGAGAUCGAGGAGAAAGAGCUGGGCUGGUGCGGGCACCUGCGCCUCGGCCUGACCGCGCUAGACCCAGCCACUCUGGCCUCCGUGCCCGAGUUUUCGCUGCCCGACCUAGUCAGCCUCGGCCACACCUGGGUCUUCGCCAUUACGCGCCAUCACAACCGCGUGCCCCGGGAGGACCGCCCGGAGGCAGAGGCAUUGGCCCCCAGCCGCCCGCCAGCCCUCCUGGUGGAACCGUAUCUGUGCAUCGAGCAGUUUCGCAUUCCCCGCGACCGCCUGGUGGGUCGCAGCCGGCCCGGGCUCUACAGCCACCUCUUGGAUCAGCUGUAUGAGCUGAACGUGCUGCCACCGACCGCGCGCCGCAGCCGGCUGGGCGUUCUUUUCUGCCCACGCCCGGACGGCACUGCCGACAUGCACAUCAUCAUCAACGGCGAGGACAUGGGCCCUAGCGCCCGGGGGCUGCCAGCCGCCCAGCCCCUCUACGCAGUGGUGGACGUGUUUGCCUCCACCAAGAGCGUGCGCCUGGUCCAGCUCGAGUAUGGCUUGCCGUCCCUGCAGACUCUCUGCCGCCUAGUCAUCCAAAGGAGCGUGGUGCACCGGUUGGCCAUUGAUGGGCUCCACCUGCCGAAAGGACUUAAGGAUUUCUGCAAGUACGAGUAAAGGCCUGCAGCGGCCCUAGAACCGGGCCACGAGCAUGUCCUGGCCCUGGAGCCGGCCAGGCCUGGAAAUAAACACAGCUGAUGCUGACACGGAUCA